CCCUAUUCAUCUCUGUAUGUGCAUUUAGUUUUUAGAAUGUAAUCUUAUCGGUAAUUUGUAAUGUAGAUUCCUAUACUGCAAUUGUAGCAGUACCUACAGUUGAGAAGAUGAGAAAAUGGAAACCACCCACCGCAUGUAAUUCAUCAUAAGAGUUUUCUGUCCUCAUUGGAAAAAGUGAAUGUUGUUCCUUGGGGUUUCUAUCUGUAAAUUGGUUCGACUAAAAUUAGGAGAUCUGGUGAACUGGACAACAUAUAACUUGUGCUAAUCAAACGAUAAAUUAAGUUAUUUAAUUACGUGUACCUAUUUAAAUUAGUUUACUUGCAUUGUUUAUUAUGCGUUUGCCAGCAUAAUGACAGCUGACAGCUAACCUGCGUGACGUUUGGAAUUUACUUAUUUUAUGAUGAGACAGAAAUAUAGCGUUUCUUUUAUCAUUUUCCAUGCCUUCGUGUUUUCGACAUUUCUUUCUGGUAUAAUAUCAAUCAAGAGCUUGUAAUAAGAAUUUUCACAUGUAUACAUUACUGAUAAAUUAGUGUAAAUAAGCUAUUGUCAUUGCUAAGUGUUUUCAUUUACGGACGGUAAUUAAUAAUAAAAGCAAAAUGCUCAAUCGAUUUAAGACAGUUUUGAUGAAUGCUGUUGGCGCAAGUGAGCUGGGUACUAGCGAACUUGGCAUAGAAUAUCCUGUUACUGAUGGCGAUGUGGAUAUCGACUAUAUAAAUGCUAAUGCAGCAUUGGAAAUAGAAACUAUGCCUUAUAGUAGACCAAGCUUCUUAGGAUUAACUAGUGAAGAAACGCAGGUGAGCGCUGACCAUAGAGUAAGACCAAUUAUAGUACCCAGGGAUUUGAGCAGACUGCCAUGGUGUGCUGGAUAUGCGGAAUGCAUAAACGCAGGGAAAAGCAAGUUAAAUGAAGAUCAAGCUUCAGCCACGCGGGGCGAUUUAAAGUUACAUGAUUCUAAUAUUACAAUACCAUAUGUAAUGUUUUCUAUGUUUGAUGGUCAUGCAGGCUAUCAAGUAGCUCUCAGUGCAAGAAUACAUCUUCAUAGAAUUAUUCUUGAUAGACUAAUGACAAUACCCAGUGUUGAUUUAUUUAAUGAAAGUGAUACAGCUGUAGUAAAGGGUAGUGAUCUUGUUACGGGUGCUAUAGAAAUAGCUUACAGAUUGAUGGAUCAAUCUGUUGAAAUGCAAGCUCAACGUGGUGGCGGUGGUUGUACGGCUAUUACAAUUUUAUUCUUGAAUGGCAGAUUAUAUGCAGCUGGUGCGGGAGAUUCCAGGACUGUCCUCGUUGUUGGCGAGGGACAAAAAUCUCUCACGAGAGAUCACACUCCAGAUUCGGAGUCGCACCGUGUAAGGGCUUUAGGGUCCCUUAGAGGUGGAGAAUUAUUAAAGGGUCACUUUACACAAUUAGAAUUCAUGCGCCGUCCAAUUCAACAAGAACUAGGUCUAAUGAUUUUAUACAGAGAUCCUCACAUGACUGGCUGGGCAUACAAAUCUUUAGCCCGACCAGAUUUAAGAUUGCCACUAAUUUCUGGACGUGGUAAAAGGAGCAGAGUAAUGGGAACUAUUGGUGUCACAAGAGGAUUUGGUGAUCACGGUCUGAAGGCAGCUAACACCGGUGUUAGCAUUAAACCGUUUUUGUCUUCACAACCCGAAGUGACAUCAUUAAAUUUAGAUGAUUAUGAUCUCACUGAGAGGGACUGCGUUAUUAUGGCAACUGAUGGGUUGUGGGACGUCAUUACAGAAAAAGAGGCUGCUAAUAUAUUAAGAAAAACUCUAGCCCCUGAUACUCCUUCCUUGGAAUACAGACUCACAAUGGGAGCUCAGGAAUUGGUUCAGGCUGCAAGAGGUCAAUUGGUAGGACGAGCUUGGCGAACAAAAAGUGAAAAUUCUGAGGGUAUUGCAAAAAAUACUAAACCUUCGAUACCAUCGGUUGAUGACAUAAGUGUACUAGCUGUACCAAUUUAUCCUUAUUUAUGUGAACAUAAGCAAUGGAUAAAAACUACACAGCAAUAUACUUCAACUUAAACAAAGAAUUUUACAUAUCUAGUGAUGCGAUAUUUAGUACAUACGUUUAGUAUGUUUCAGAUGCCAGAAGCACGUGGGUUUUUCAGAUACUCUUAAUUUCUUUUUUGGAAAUUUAUAGCCAUGCAAUUACUACUAGGGAUGAAUCUUUUUGUACAGUGAAUUUAGUGCAUUUAUUUUGUUUUAAUAUUAAAACAUGAUCUUUCAAAAUCUCUCUUGCAUUAGCAUAAGAACAUCCUCAUAUAUUACGUAUGAAAGAGGCACAUAACACGAAUAUGCAUUCCUUUACUUGCGGCACGGUUUACUCUAUAAAUAUUCCUAUGCCGAAUUAUUUAUUUGAAUUAAUUUAGCCUGUGAGACUUUGUAUAAGAUACUAUUGAUGAUAUUUAACUCGAAUGCAUCGUGUAUAACUUUUAUAGAUGCACGUGAUUCCAAAUAAAUGUAGGUAUGCAAAAGUGACUUUGAAUAAGUCAUCUAUAUAUAUUACACUUAUAUUUGUAAAUAGAUAACAAUUGCAUUAGUAUAUUUUUGAAAGCGAAAUAAUAUAUAAUUAUUCGCUAACUAAUCAUGUAUCAUAUAUUGUACGACCUAGUAGCUGAUUGUAAUUAAUGUAACGAAUAAAUGGAAAAAAAGCAUUUAAAAAUA